AUGUGCAAUGCAUAAAUUAUGAACAAUCAGUUCUGUGCAUUAAAAUAUUUAGUUUUAAAGUGCUUGUUUAGUGUGGAAUUCGAAUCAUAAUUGUUUGUAGAGCCGAAGUUUGUGGGAAACAACCCUUUCCGACGUGUAAAUCUUCCCUUCGAGCAUUUCUAACGGCAGUUUGAGUUUGUUAAUUGUUAUUGCAAAUUCUUCUGUACAGAGUUUUUGAGUAGUUAAAGUACCUAAUUGAAAAAGUCAUUAAGAAUUGCCAUUAGUUUUCCCGUCUUAUCUGUAUAUGUUUGUGCUUGAGAGUGUGUUAAGUGUGCGAAAGUGCAAUGCGUGUCCGUAUUGAAUUUUCUUGAUUUCCCCAACCGCGACGUAGCUGCAUUCAACACUUACACACGGUGCUUGUAUGGAUAUACGGAUAUACCUAUAUAAUAGCGCCGACAAAGCCAUCGACGGAGAGCAGAGAUGACGCAAAGUAAACAGUCACUGGGGGGGUCAUCCACCUACGCCCCCUGCUCCUCCAACAACUAUGGGACCUGCUCCUCCGCCAGAGCCACAGCCACGGCAACAGCAGCGGGAGACCUCUCGCCGUCGCAUGACAUUCUGCUGAACAAUUUCCAGCUAAAGAAGAAGUCCUAUCGGGUGCUGCUCCAUGGCCAGCAGCUGGUGUGGGAGCGCAUGCAGAAGGUGAAGCAGUCGAAGAGCAGCCAGGAGACCAAGGCGCCGCUGCCCGAGGAUCCGCCCUCGCCGGAGGGACAGCGCGGCUAUGGCCCCAAGAGUCACAUACUCCAUGUGGACGAUGUGAUCAGCGUGCGGGCGGGAGACACAAAGAUAGCCUCCAUCCAGCCGCCGAAUCCCCAGGCCAUCAAUGCCCAGGGAGAAGCCGAUACCAGGCCCACUUCUCAGUACCUGACCAUCAACUAUGCCCUGCGCCUGACCAAGUCCCAGACGGACUGCAACCGCUGGGAGCUGCGACGCCUCACGUUCUUCAAUGCGGACCCGUACAUUGUGCGGCAGUGGGACCAGGAGCUGCAGGCACGCCUCCACCAGCCAUCGAGCACGCGACUGCGAGUGCGCCGCCUGCUGGUGUUCAUCAAUCCGUAUGGCGGGCGGAAGGCCGGCUCGCAGACCUAUGAGCGACAUGUGCGGCCCAUAUUCCAGUUGGCGGGCAUCGAUGCCACGUGCAUUACCACCCAGCGGGCGAAUCAGGUGAGGGACAUCCUGCUGAGCCACGACCUGAGCUGCUACGACGCCGUCUGCUGUGUGGGUGGCGACGGCACUGUGGCGGAGGUCAUCAACGGCCUGCUGUUCCGGCGAAUGCGGGAACUGGGCAUCGACGAGCAACGACCCUCGUACAUACCGCGACCUGAGAUCCCAGUGGGUGUAAUCCCAGCCGGAAGCACGGACACCAUUGCCUACAGCAUGCAUGGGACGGCAGAUGUCCGGACGGCGGCCAUACAUGUGAUCCUCGGCCAGCAUCGCGGCCUGGACGUCUGCAGCGUGAGCAACAGCCAAUCGCUGCUGAGGUUCUGCGCCAGCGUCCUCAGCUACGGCUACCUGGGGGAUGUGGCUGCCCAGAGCGAGAACUACCGCUGGAUGGGGCCUAAGAGAUACGAGUACAGCGGCGUCAAGGCUUUCAUCAACAACCGGGGCUACGACGCCGAGCUGCGGCUGCUGGAGGAGCCGGAUCUGCAGCCCACACCGCUGGAGGAGAAUCUCCCGCAGAGUCCGGACAGUGUGUGCUCUCUGGGCGAGUCUGUGCCCUCCAUUUGCUAUGCCAAUUGCCAGCGCUGCAGCUUUGCCAGCUCCAUGCAGGAGCAGCAACGCUCCUCUCUGUUUGUCCACGCGGAAGACGCAGAAGUGGAGAACACAAGCAGCGCUACACUGGAGGAGGCCGACCCAGAGGAGUCCCAUCUAACGCCCAGCGAGGCGGCUCUGCUCAGACCCAGGCCGCGGCCCGACAAGCUCCAGCUGCCAGUGGGCAGCGUCCACUCCAUGAAGAGCCUUGCCUCUGAGCAAUGGAAGGUCAUAAAGGGCAACUUCUUCAUGAUCUGCGGCGCCAAUAUAACCUGUGCCUGCGCCCGCAGUCCCAACGGAAUCUCCCGGUAUAGUCAUCUGGGCGAUGGCUGCCUGGAUCUGAUUCUCGUCAAGAAGACCUCGCUGCUCAAUAAUGUGAGAUUUCUGUUAAAUACAGCCGGCCGAAGUGGAGAUAUACGAAAUUUGCCCUUUGUGGAUGUCUAUCGCACAAGAAAGUUCCAGUUUAGGACAUUCGCAGCGGCCAAUGGUGACGACUACAGCAUUGCAGGCUCUUGCCAGCCCAUAGCACAGGCGGAGGUCGGCAGCAGCUCCUCCUCAGAGUAUUCCAGCUGGAACUGUGAUGGCGAGGUGGUCACCGACUUGGACAUAACCAUGAGAUCGCAUUGUCAGCUUAUAGAGGUCUUCAUGCGCGGUCCGCAUUCCUAUAGCAAGCCGCUCAAGAGCGGCACUGCCCCCUCAACGCCAGCCAGCUCCAGCGACAAUGUGUAUUGCUGCUGCAAGGACUAGAAGAAGCUUUAAACACAAAUUAAUCUAAAUCUAAACCUAAACCUAAACCAAUUGGCCGUGACAAGUAGCUUGUAGUUUUGCGUAGGGUAUUCGUAUUCGUACUCGUAGGGGUCUCCCCUCAACUAUUAUUGUUUUAGCAUAGCUCAAAAGAAACCAUGUAACUGAUAUUCUUGACUGUAUUACGGCAUCUGAAAGAUGCGCCAAGCAAACGGAAACAUUCCAAUCCCCAAAGGAAAGGUCUGCAUUAUACAUACACUGAAAUAUAUGAAAUAUACAUAUAUAUUAUAUAUUGGUAUACUGGCAAUAAAAACAAAGUGUUAUAAUGUUUAAAUUCAAAA